CAGUCAGUGGGGAAAAAGAAAAACAUUUGAGCAGGCAUUUAUGUCCGACCCGACACAGCCCUUAUCUGAGAGGCAAAAGAAAAUGGUUCGCUUUGGGGGCCACUCCUUUGAAGAGGACAUGGAGUGGUGUGAGCCCCCCGUUAAAGACUCUGGUGUUGACACGUGCAGUAGUACUACCCUAAAUGAGGACCAUAGCCAUAGCCAUGAGAAGCACCCGGUGACAUGGCAACCUUCCAAAGAUGGUGAUCGUUUGAUUGGUCGGAUCUUGCUCAACAAGCGUCUCAAGGAUGGCAGCGUGCCACCAGACUCGGGAGCGUUGCUGGGACUGAAGGUGGUGGGUGGGAAGAUCACAGAGUCGGGCCGGCUGUGUGCUUUCAUCACCAAGGUCAGAAGAGGAAGCCUGGCGGACACAGUGGGCCACCUUCGACCAGGUGACCAAGUGUUGGAGUGGAAUGGAAGGCAUUUACAAGGAGCCACGUUUAAAGAAGUUUACAAUAUUAUCCUUGAGUCCAAACCUGAGCCCCAGGUGGAGCUGGUGGUCUCUCGACCUAUAGGAGAUAUUCCUAGGAUACCAGACAGCACACAUGCACAACUGGAAUCAAGUUCGAGUUCCUUUGAGUCCCAGAAGAUGGACCGCCCCUCCAUCUCCGUCACGUCUCCCAUGAGCCCCAGCGUCCUGAGGGACGCGCCCCAGUACAUGUCAGGGCAGCUCUCAAGCCAAAGCCUAAGCAGAAGAGCAGCGCCUUAUGUCCCUAGGGUGCAGGUCAAGCUGUGGUACGACAAGGUGGGCCACCAGCUCAUCGUCACCAUCCUGGGAGCCAAGGACCUGCCUCCCAGGGAAGAUGGCCGCCCCAGGAAUCCCUACGUCAAGAUCUACUUCCUCCCCGACAGAAGUGUGAAUUAUUGUUCCUCCAGUGACAAAAGCAAGAGGAGAACAAAAACGGUAAAGAAAUCCUUAGAGCCCAAAUGGAACCAGACGUUUAUGUACUCCCCGGUCCACCGGAGGGAGUUCAGGGAGCGCAUGCUGGAGAUCACGCUCUGGGACCAGGCCAGGGUCCGCGAAGAGGAGAGCGAGUUCCUUGGGGAGAUCCUGAUCGAGCUGGAGACGGCCCUUCUGGAUGACGAGUCCCACUGGUACAAGCUGCAGACCCACGACGUGUCCUCCGUCCCUCUGCCCCGCGCCUCCCCCAACACGCACCGCAGGCAGCCGCACGGGGAGAGCCCCACGCGCAGGCUACAGAACACAGGCUCGUAUGCGUACAACUCAGGAUCCCAGAGGAUCAGCGACAGUGAGAUCUCAGACUACGACUGUGAGGAUGGUGUCGGGGUCGUGUCAGACUUCCGUCAGAACGGCAGGGACCUCCAGAGCUCCACAUUGUCCGUGCCAGAGCAGGUGAUGUCAUCCAACCACUGCUCGCGCUCAUCGGAUAUCAACCGUGCACGGUCGCGGUCGCCCAGCGUCCCCCCACCUCAGAGCCGACGCCACGGCAACCGUGGCGGCGUGUACCCGCUGUGUCGGGAAGAGGCGGUCAGGUUACUGCGCUCCGCCAGGAUGAACAGGGCCUACUCGGAGGGGGCAUACUCCUCCGACCACGACCACGAGAGGAACCAUGGAUCCAUGGACAGACAUGAGUACCACGCCAGAUCCAGAUCAGCUGACCAGCGGCCCGCUCUAGAACGGCCCGCCUCCCGUUCCCGCUCCACAGAACGCCCCGACUCCACCCACAUGAGGUCCAUGCCGUCCCUCCCAUCAGGAAGAUCUGCCCCCCCCUCACCUGCCUUAACGAGGGCACACCCCCAGAGCGGAUCAGCCCAAACCAGCCCCAACAGCACCCCCAUGUCCAACAGGAAAGGACGGCAACUACCCCAACUGCCCCCCCAGGGGAAACUGGACAGAAAAGAUGGAUCAGAAGGAACGGAGGCUUGUGAAGAAGACACGGACUCACCCAGUCGGACGAACUCAGGUGCGAUGGAGGUGGAGGAGAGGACCAGGCUGAUGAAGCUGAAGAUGAACCAGUACAAGCAGGGAGGAGGCUCCGACUCACAGCUGGAGCAGGACUACCACGGCAAGCGUUCUGGGAGAGAUGGUCACCGGGGUUCCGACAACCUGUCGGCUAAGUCAUCAGACAGUGAUGUAAGCGACGUGUCCGCUGUGUCGAGAACCAGUAGCGCCUCUCGCUUCAGCAGCACGAGCUACAUGUCUGUCCAAUCAGAGCGUCCUCAAGGAAACCGCAAUAUCAGUGACUUUACAUCCAAAAUGAAAAACAGGCAGAUGGGCACGUCCGGGGGCAACAUGACCAAGAGCACAAGCAUCGGUGGCGACAUGUGCAACCUGGAGAAGACGGACGGGAGCCAAUCAGACACGGCCGUGGGCACGGUGGGCACCGGCGACAAGAAGAGACGCUCGAGCAUCGGUGCCAAAAUGUCCGCCAUCGUCGGCAUCUCCAGAAAGAGCCGGAGCACCUCCCAGCUCAGCCAAACAGAAGCGGGAGGUAAGAAGCUGCGCAGCACCAUCCAGCGCAGCACGGAGACGGGCCUGGCGGUGGAGAUGAGGAGCAGGAUGACCCGGCAGGCCAGCAGGGAGUCCACCGACGGCAGCAUGAACAGCUACAGCUCCGAGGGGAACCUCAUCUUCCCCGGCGUGAGGCUCUCCUCAGACGCGCAGUUCAGCGACUUCCUGGACGGACUCGGACCCGCCCAGCUGGUCGGACGACAGACAUUGGCCACGCCCCCCAUGGGUGACAUCCAGAUUGGCAUGGUGGAUAAGAAGGGGGCGCUGGAGGUGGAGGUCAUCCGAGCCCGCGGCCUUGUAGGAAAGCCAGGUUCCAAGGCACUGCCAGCACCAUAUGUAAAGGUCUACCUUUUGGAAAAUGGAGCCUGCAUAGCCAAAAAGAAAACAAAAGUAGCAAGAAAAACCUUGGACCCCCUUUACCAGCAGGCACUGCCCUUUGAGGAAAGUCCAGGAGGGAAGGUCUUACAGAUCAUUGUAUGGGGAGACUACGGGCGCAUGGACCACAAAUCUUUUCUGGGAGCCGUACAGAUACUCUUAGACGAGCUGGACCUGUCCAACAUGGUGAUUGGCUGGUUCAAGCUCUUUCCUCCUUCCUCAUUGGUGGACCCUACCCUGGCCCCCCUGACUAGAAGAGCUUCCCAGUCCUCAUUGGACAGUUUCUCGCGGUCAUAGCAGCGUGCGGACUGACUGACCAGCAUCGUUGUAGCAGCCAGGGUGCGAGGUUUUCAGAAAGGUCAAGGGUCGCCACGGUAACAGGCCACGCGCAAACCACCAACACCCCCCCCCCCCUUCUCCCCGCCCCCUGGUUACACUGCAUGCUUGAUGUCGUGUUCUCUAAGCCUGUCUAAGGGGCGCACACGUGGUCCUGGAUUUGGAGUGGAAAAGGCGGCGCGCGCGCUUGUGCACGCUCGCAAGCUCCACGGCUGGGAAGCGGCGAUCAGAAGAAGAGGAAGCUGGAAUGAACUCCUUAAGCACGAGGGAUAGAUGUUCGAUUCCGGGUUUUCAUCCAAUUUUUGAAGCCAUUUGGGGUCAGAACUGGGAACCCCUAAAGCGUUCCACAGAUGCCCUUUUUUCGAAUGAAAAAUAAAUGUAUGUUUUCAUUUAAUUUUUUGAUUUCUUUUAAAUUUUUUGACAUUCUGAUUUUAAUUUCUUUUUUUUCUUUCUUGUGUUUUUUUAUUUAUUGUCAAUGUACUUGUACCUGAAGGGGGUGACAGUGCUGCUUACCUAAAGCUUGGUCACACCAUGCCAACAGACCUAGCUUUGUUUAUGGAGCUAUGAGUAUGGUACUCAUUGGAGAGGUGUGCCCCAGCUACAGUAGCUACCAGCCUCCCCUGACAUCACUGGCCUCAGAUACGUGACUGUGCUGAGUCACGACACAGGUAGAUCACCAGAGAGACUCUACUUAAGUUAUUUAAGGCAAUAGUGAAGUGGCUACCGCACCAUCGACGCUCCACAACCCAAUGAUCAGAACCUGCAACAAGACGAACUUGUAUGAUCUGACAUCAUCAUCUCUCUGUUGAUAUAUUGUAUGAAAUUUCAAUAAGAAAAAAAAUACUUGUGUUUUGCAUGGACUCAAAUUUAGCUGAAUAAAAAAGAAAUAAAUAUGAAAAUUAUUUUCUUGAGGCUGCAACUUGCAAAAAAAAGACAAAGAAAAAUAAAUAAAACAGAUCAGCCAUUUUCAACAAUUUAUAUUAUUUUUAAAGAUAAAUUUCACUAGUGCAUGGUUUUCAAGGGGAGUGAAUGCCACAGUGUGAUUAAAAAGAAUCAUAGUUUAUCAUUCUUUAGACCAUUCAACAGUCUGUGUUUUUGCAGACCUUCAUUUAAGGGGAACUGAAAGACUACUUUUGGAAUUAUUUAACAAAAAAAAAAGUGACAAAAGUGAUGAUGGGAAAAUAAUGUAAAUGAUUUAGUUCAUUGUAAAAGGCAGAAGCCUUUUGAUUACAAAAAUAUUUUCUCUUGUCCCAGGGUGACCAUUGUACUCUCCAUCUCUUCAUUGCUACUGUUGUCCAAUCCCCCUGUUAUUGUCUAGAUUGUUAGGGCUGUUGAUUCAUUUACAGUUCUGUAUAGUUUCCUUAUGUAUUUAUUUUGAAUUUGAUUUUUUUAACAAGCAUGUUGAAAAGGAUUUUCUGCAACAUGGCUUGGGCACACCUUACAGUAACUCAGCAUGUUUUGAUAGAGAUGAUAUUUGGAGAUUUUGCAGUUUCUUGUACAGUGCAUGUCAACUUCGUUACUUUUCUCCCUCACCUUCAAUUGAAUUCUCUACAGAAAAUUAGUUACUGGUCUUUCGUGACCGAUUAUUAAAAAGGUUUAAAUCUAAACAUUCCACCCCAAGGAUCAUAUUUUCUUUCAAAACUUAGAAAAAAAGAUGAGGAGAAUAUUUUAUAUUUAUUGGAGGUUGACAAAAAAGUUGUGAUUGCAAGUGUAUUUUAUUUCAGUAUUGUUAACUAACAUGCAAAAAUAAUCUGUAUUGGUACAGCAAGAGGUUUAUACCCAAGCAAGAAAAAGUUAGCAUAUGAUUUAUGUAUGCUGCUGUGAAGUUCAAUUCUACAGGAACUGUUUAGUGAAGGUGAAUGCACCAUUAGGUCAAACAUGGGAUAUUGCCACACAAAAGGAUUUUUCGUUCUUGUUUUAUGAAAAUAAAGUUAAUUUAAUAUAUUUUUGUUAGUUUAUUUAAAAGCCAAGACCAGUUUAUUUUUUAUUUUCUAUUUUUAGUAAUAAAAAAUGCUUCUCAUUAAUGAGAGGUGAAUCUUAUAGUUAAAGUAUGUCUACAUGAAAAUGACAUUAUUCCUUUUCUGUGUAAAGUCAAACACAUUCUAAUGUGCAUUCAGUACCAUGUUGCUGGAACAAACUGUUUAUUUUCCUUUUGGUUUGCAUUGUACAUAAUAUAUAAAAAAUCAAGAUUUGAAUAGACAACCUAACACGGCUAGAUAGAAUCUCUCGGAAUAGGAAUAAUGUCUCACAUGAAGACAGAGACGUUUGUUAUUUUAUCCUUUUGAAUGCCUUUCAUUUUUCUGUUUUGGUGCAAUGUGUUAAUGCCAAGACUAUGUCUUGGUAAAGUAUGGUUGAGUACAGAGAUUUAUGUAAGUUAUUUUUCAAAUUAAAAAUUAAAAAAUGGAUAUUACACUGAU